GUUCUGCUAUAUAGCUGACAGACUUCAGUUCCACCCUUUCGCCAGUUGAGUUUCAUUACCAGCUUCUGCACCACACAGGGCAGACGGGAAUACAAACACAAGCAAAAGCUGGCAGGCUGACACGAUCGGACAGCUUUACAGGACGGAUUAACUGGUAACUGACCAUUUAGCUGUGGCACACUCGGACUCCGUGUAAGCGUGGGAUUUUGACCAUGAGCUCAGUCGCUGUACUUACGCAGGAAAGCUUUAAUGAGCACCGCAGUGGUCUCCUGGCAGACCAGGCUGCAGGGCCAAGCGGUGCUGGAGAUGAGGACCUCCCCACCUACAAGGACGCCUUUCCCCCUCUGCCUGAGAAGGCCUCAUCUCCCGAGGGGACCCAGGAGGCUAGCAAUGCCUGGACAUCUAAAAUCCGGCCUCUCAAGUCCUCAGUCAUCACCCAGGUUUUCCAUGUGCCUUUGGAAGAGCGCAAGUACAAGGACAUCAAUCAGUUCGGGGAAGGAGACCAGGCCAAGGUGUGCGUUGACAUCAUGCACAGGACUGGAGCCCACCUGGAACUCUCCAUGGCCAAGGACCAGGGGCUCUCCAUCAUGGUGUCUGGGAAACCAGAUGCUGUCAUGAAGGCCCGCAAGGAGAUUGUGUCCCGACUGCAGACUCAGGCUUCAGCUACUGUGGCCAUCCCCAAGGAACAUCACCGCUUUGUCAUUGGCAAGAACGGGGAGAAGCUGCAGGAGCUUGAGCUGAAGACUGCCACCAAGAUCCAGAUCCCAAGACCCGACGACCCCAGCAACCACAUCAAGAUCUCCGGAACCAAGGAAGGCCUGGAGAAGGCCAAGCAUGAGAUCCUGCUCAUCUCUGCUGAGCAGGAUAAGCGUGCUGUUGAGAGGGUGAACAUCGACAAGGUGUACCACCCCUUCAUCACAGGCUCCUACAACAAGAUGGUGGGUGACAUGAUGCAGGAGACAGGAGCCCGCAUCAACGUCCCGCCUCCCAGUGUCAACAAAACGGAGAUCGUCAUCACCGGGGAGAAGGAGCAGGUGGCCCUUGCUGUGGUUAUGAUCAAGAAGAUUUAUGAGGAGAAGAAGAAGAGUACCACUACUAUUGCGGUGGAGGUGAAGAAAUCUCAGCACAAGUAUGUGAUCGGGCCCAAGGGCAACACCCUGCAGGAGAUCCUGGAGAAAACUGGCGUCUCGGUCGAGAUCCCACCCACCGACAGCAGCUCAGAGACUGUGAUCCUGCGUGGGGAGCCAGACCGCCUGGGCCAGGCCCUCACUGAGGUUUAUGCCAAGGCCAACAGCUACACCGUGUCGGCAGUCUCAGCUCCCUCUUGGCUUCAUCGCUUCAUCAUUGGCAAGAAGGGGCAGAAUCUAGCCAAGAUUACUCAGCAAUGGCCCAAGGUGCACAUCGAGUUCACCGAGGGGGAGGACCGGAUCACCCUGGAGGGGCCCACCAAAGACAUGGCGAUGGUGCAGAGCCAGAUCGAGGUCAUUGUUGCAGAUCUGGUUAGCAGAAUGGAUUACACCGAGAUCAGUGUGGACCCCAAGUUCCACAGACACCUGAUUGGGAAAGGAGGUGCCAACAUCAACCGCAUUAAGGAACUGCAUAAGGUGUCUGUCCGCAUUCCCCCGGACAACGAGAAGAGCAACCUGAUCCGCAUUGAAGGGGAUCCCCAGGGUGUGCAGGAAGCCAAGAAGGAGCUGCUUGAGCUUGCGUCGCGCAUGGAGAAUGAGCGUACAAAGGACAUGAUCAUCGAACAGCGUUUUCACCGAGCCAUCAUUGGGCAAAAAGGGGAGAACAUCAAGGAAGUGAGGGACAAGUUCCCAGAGGUCAUAAUCAACUUCCCCGACCCUGCGCAGAAGAGUGACAUCGUGCAGCUGCGUGGCCCUCGUAACGAAGUGGAGAAAUGCCACAAAUUCAUGACGAAGAUGGUGGCUGAAAUGACGGAGAACAGCUUCUCAGUCUCAGUCCCAAUCUUCAAGCAAUUCCACAAGAACAUUAUUGGGAAAGGAGGAGCUAAUAUCAAGAAGAUUCGUGAGGAAACGAGCACGAAAAUUGACCUGCCUGCAGAGAACAGCAACUCUGAAAUGAUCAUCAUUACAGGCAAGAAGCCCAACUGUGAGGCAGCAAGGAUCAGAAUUUUGUCUAUUCAGAAGGAACUGGCGAACAUCACAGAGGUGGAGGUGUCCAUCCCAUCCAAGUUGCACAACUCCCUGAUUGGCUCCAAGGGACGCUUUGUGCGUUCCAUCAUGGAGGAGUGUGGUGGCGUGCACAUCCACUUCCCCACUGAAGGCUCUGGCAUCGAUGCGGUGACAAUCAGAGGCCCUGCAGAGGAGGUGGAGAAGGCCAAGCGUCAGCUGCUCUCCCUGGCUGAGGAGAAGCAAAUAAAAAGUCACACAGCUGAGCUGCGGGCCAAGCCUGAGUACCACAAGUUCCUCAUCGGAAAAGGCGGCGCAAACAUCAGGAAGGUGCGUGACAGCACUGGGGCCAGGAUCAUCUUCCCCACCCCCGACGAUCAGGACCAGGAGCUGAUCACUGUGGUGGGCACGGAGGAGGCUGUGCGCGAGGCCCAGAAGGAGCUGGAGAUCCUCAUCAAGAGCCUGGAUAAUGUGGUGGAGGACCACAUGCUCGUUGACCCCAAGCACCACCGCUACUUUGUGACCCGGCGUGGUCAGGUCCUGAGGGACAUUGCUGAGGAGUAUGGAGGCGUGAUGGUGAGCUUCCCUCGCACUGGCUCAUUGAGUGAGGAUGUCACCCUGAAAGGAGCCAAAGACUGCGUGGAGGCCGCCAAGAAACGCAUGCUGGAGAUCGUUGAGGACUUGGAUGCUCAGGUGACCAUGGAGUGUGUGAUCGCCCAGAGGUUCCACCGCUCCAUCAUGGGGCCAAAGGGCUCUCGGAUCCAGGCCAUCACCAGAGAGCACUGUGUGCAAAUCAAGUUCCCUGACAGAGAGGACCAACAAGCCCCUCCUGCUGAGGCUCCGCCCCCGGCUCAGGCUCCGGCUCCGGCUGCUGUGCAGGAGAAUGGGGAGGCCGUUGAGGAGUUGAAGGAGGUGAAGGAACCUGUCGACCCUGCAGCCCCAAAGAAGUGCGACGUCAUCGUCCUCUCCGGCCGCAAGGAGAGGUGUGAAGCUGCGGUGGAGGCCCUAAAGGCUUUGGUUCCUCUGACCAUUGAGGUGGAAGUUCCUUUUGAGCUUCAUCGUUACAUCAUUGGGCAGAAGGGAAGUGGAAUUCGCAAGAUGAUGGAUGAGUUUGAGGUCAAUAUCCAAGUGCCUGCUCCUGAUCUGCAGUCUGACAUUAUCUCCAUUACUGGCCUGGCCAAUCACCUUGACCGUGCCAGAGAAGGCCUGCUUGAUCGUGUUAAGGAGUUGCAGGCCGAGCAGGAGGACCGGGCUCAGCGGAGCUUUAAGCUGUCCAUCACUGUGGACCCCAAGUAUCACCCCAAGAUUAUUGGACGCAAGGGUGCUAUCAUUACCCAGAUCCGCACCGAGCAUGAUGUCAACAUCCAAUUCCCUGAUAAAAAUGAUGAGAACCAGGAUCAAAUCACCAUCACUGGGUAUGAGCAGAAUGCCAUUGCGGCACGGGACGCCAUCCAAGGCAUUGUAGAUGAGCUGGAGGAGAUGAUCUCCGAGGACAUCACCCUCGACAGCAGAGUCCAUGCCCGCAUCAUUGGGGCCCGUGGCAAGGGCAUUCGCAAGAUCAUGGAUGAAUUCAAGGUUGAUUUGAGGUUCCCCCAGAGUGGAGCUGCAGACCCAAACCUUGUGACCGUGACUGGUCGUCCUGAGAUGGUGGAUGAAGCCAUCGACCAUCUUCUGAACCUGGAGGAGGAAUAUUUGGGUGAUGUGGUAGAGAACGAGUCCAGGAUGCAACACAUGAAACCUUCCGGUGGCGGCGGUGGCGGCGGUGGUGGCGGUGCCUCUUCUAUGGACGAGCCCCGUGGCAAUUCUAAGGGCUUUGUGGUGAGGGAGGCUCCCUGGACCGAGAAGGCCCCUGACAUGAGCAGCUCUGAGGACUUCCCCAGUUUUGGGGCUGCCCCUGCAGCACCUCCUCCCAAGCCCUCCCCAUGGGGACCCAAACGAUUCUGAACAUGAUGACCGCGGACUGGCUUUUCAGACUCCUCUCUCGAUGGCUCCCCCUUCUUCUCCCUGCCCCUUGCUCUGAUGAAGAUUGAUCCCUGACACUGACUCCCCCCAAACUUCUCCCUCCCCCAGCCCCUACCCUCCAUCCCCAUCCUCCCUUUGGUUUAUGCUGUAAUCAAACUAUGGUUUGAUGGGCACUUUGUCCAUCAUUGCCUUUACAACCCGACAAACUUUCAGUGGUUUUAAUAUUGUGUGAUGCAGUAGCGUGAGGAAUUGAAUGGGAAUGACCCAAAACUAGUGUGAACAGAAUGUCUCUCUUUGAAACUUGAUAAAUGGUUCAUGCUUUUUCUUUGGUCCACUCUACUUGGUCUGCAGUUAACUCCCCACAUUGCUUGAAGCUGCUCUGAACGUUUCUCUCUCUUUACCUCGGCUGAGCACAUUUUUAGGAAGGAAUCAUAAAUUGGUGGGUAAUGGACAAAAAAAACUGAGAAAAGACCCAAAAUCAUUAACGACUCUUGCAUACUAUUUUGGGCCUUCAACAUGCAAGACUGUUAGCCUGUGAAAAGAUGAUGAAAGGGUUGUUGGGCUAACUAAGCUGCUCAGUUCGUAGUUGCCUUUGUAGUGGGUGUUUGGGGAGGAGACAAACUCAAUUACCUCUAGCGGAAGACACCUCUGAUCAGAAGUUGGUUUAGCCUAAUGUAGAAAGGUUAUCCUCACUUUGAUCAACUCUUACCCCUGCGCACCUCCUCCCUCCACCCCUUCCCAGGUGUAGUAGUGUGUGGUCGUGCCCUGAUGUUACACAUGUUUCUUGUGGUCUUCUUCCCCUCUUGUGCUCCCGUUUUACGUGUCCCGGUGCUUUUGUCCAUAUGAUCGUUGGCCGUAUUCAUGCAGCCUUAGGGGGGAAUAUAAAAAUAAAAAAAAGUAUCGAACUCAAAACUUUUUACAAGAACGGUUGAUCACUACAGAGUGCUACGUGUUGAAACUGCCAGAUACUUUGGAGGGCCAUUGGGAUCUGUAGACCAUGCCGCUAGUCACUAGACCCCGAGACCCCGAAGUUUACUCUAUCCCACACUAAACUGUUGGAAGUUUUCCUAUUUCCAUUUACUUUUAUAUUUACAUUGCCGAAUCAUGUUGAUGGAAAGAAAAUGUAACAACUUCUCGAGAAGACGCAGAAGAAAAGCGAACCAUUUAGUGCCAAUGAAUUGUCAAGUAUUGUCGUGUUCUCAUCCUCGCUACUGGGUCAGUGUCCAGUCCCUUUUUGUCUUCCAGUUGCUAUGCAGAUGGUUCUGGAACCAUAGCAACGGCCCUCUUUAAUAGCCUUAUGAUAAGAAUUAUGCAAAAACCAUACCAGAAAAAGUGAGACGAUCAUGGAUAACACUGGAAAUGAAAUUGUCCAAAAAAAAGUCAAUAAAAAUGGAAAACUGAAAAGCC